AUGGCGCUGCCCCUCGGGAUUCAGGCACAGCUUUGCAAUGUUCCUCGCCAGGAGUACAAGAAGGCCCUGAGCCAGUUCCACGUUCUGAAGGACGUGGGGCAGCCGCCGCCGCCGCCGGCCGAGGCCAAGUUCCCGCUGCCGCCCGCGCAGGGGCCGCCCGCGCUGCCGCCGCCUCCCGCGCCGCCGCCGCCGCCGCCCCCGGGGCAGGAGGACUACUCGUUCCUGCCCCUGGUGCACGACAUCAUCAAGUGCAUGGAUAAAGACAGCCAGGAUGUCCACCAGGUGCUGAAUGAGCUGCGGACCAAAUUUGUGGAGAUGCAUAAGCUCAUCAAAACCCUGCAAGGCAUCGGCGUGAGUCCCGAGCAGCAGCAGCUGCAGCUGCAAAACCUUCGCGAGCAAGUGAAGUCCAAGAGCGAGUUACUGCAGAAGUACAAGAGUCUUUGCAUGUUUGAAAUCCCCAAGGAAUAGAAGCCGCCUCGGCAAGGCGGUUGCUCUUCUCAGAAGCGCCCGAGCGCCCGUUGCUGUCAAAGCGUGGCACCGUGUGCCCGGCCUGCCGUCAGUUUGCGCAGCUCACCCUCUUCAGUGCAUGUCCUGGGAGGUGUGUGCUGUGUGUAUGUGUGUAUUUCUGUCUCGGAGCCUGCUUGAGGACUGGUUUUGGCAGAUUUGGGUAGUGAAGCUGUCCCUAGAAUAUACCUCUUCAGACUGCGGGUGGGAUGGUGUUCUCCAUUAAUGAAAUGAAAUCUUUGCAUGCAGAAAACUAGAGUGCCAGGGAGAAAGAAUCGCCCUGUUCUCCCUGACAGACUAGUUUUCUAGCUGCGAGGAGCUGGUGGUUUAAAAGAAAAAUAUACAACACCUCUUAAUACAUAGAUUGGUUUCAGUUUUUUGAAAAAAGGGGAGGUGGGGUUGUCAUUGUUCUCUGAGCCCCAGAAGGUAUUGGAUCUGCUGCUUUUUCAAAGUGUUCAGGCUUCAGAGAGAGGAAAUGCAGUGCUUAUUAGAAAUCGGCAGUGGGACAAAACUAUCACAUGGCAUACUGGGUUUUACUGGACAAGCAAGUUGGAGAAAUCCUUCCCUGGUUUCUGCUUGAAGGAAUUCGGGGUUGAUAGGGAAGACCUCAGUUUACAAAUCUCUCUGUGUGUAUAAAUAUUUGUCAUAAAUAUUUUUAUUGAUUUGUUUGUUUGUACGGAAACUUCUCAUUUCUUUCAGUUGUUUGCUUAAAUGUCCUGUCUGAGGAAAACAAUAAAAUUCUGUGAAUGCA